UAAAACCUAACUUAAAAAGUACCUUGUUUUAAAAUUCGAAUUUUUCAUUAUGGUGUCAUUUUAAAUUUCAUUGGAUUAUUUUAUUUUCUUACAACUCAACGUGUUGGUCUCAUGGGUCGCAGAGCAAGUAUUAAAUGGGAAAAAUCUGCGCUAUGUAGGCCCAUACACAAUAUCAUUUCAUCCGAUUUUCCAAAAUACUUGCCUCAACCCUGGAAAUUUUCCGAAGGUCCAUCCCGAAUAGAAUGGCUAUUGUCUAACGAAUACUAUAGAAUGUGGCUUGAAGAACGCGAAGCUUGGAAAAAGCGCAUGUAUCCAGAGAAUACAACCGUAAACAUUGAUAUAGUUAAACGUUAUGUGUUAACCUUCAAAAACAACCAUCAACCACCCAAGCCGGUGAAGAAACAACCAUUCAGAAUGAAAAAAUUUGAAGGCAUUGGAAGCAAAACAGUCACCAAGCGUGAUCCUUCUGACAAAGCCAUGGGAUAUGAAAAGAAAAAUAAACAAAAACAAACAGCAAAAUAGUAUUUGCAUAUUUACAUAUUUUUGAAUCUAUUUGAUAAGCCCAGUAUUGUAUUGACUUGUGUACAUGAUAUUAUUUUAUAUUAUAUUAUACGACUUUAUAAGCAUA